AUGACAAGUACAACCGAAUCUUUGAUCAGUUUAUAUAUAUUUUCUACGCCGAAUAAAUUUCGCAAAGUAAAACUUCUUAUAGACGAAGGUAUACAACUCAAAACACAAGUUAGUCCGAAUACAUGUUUGGAAGAUCUUGUUAUUCCUAUCACUACUGUUCAUGACUUGCUCAUUCUUUUCACACUUGCACCGUGCCUAAUUCGACUACAGUUAUGUAUUGUACGUAAUACAUCACAAGAGUUCGUUCUUCAAUUUCAAUUGGAAGUUAUGCCACAAGUAUUGAAAGAGUUUUACAUACAAACAAUACAACAUCAAGUAAUUUCGUUUCAAGCUCUAUUACGACCACUCAUUUAUAAUAUUUCGUCGAUUGAAUAUCUUUCUGUUGCUGUGAAAACUGACGAUCCGGAUUAUGCUGAUGGACGUCUUUGGGCAGAUGUGAUCGCUAAUAUGCCCUCUCUGAAAACAUUUCUUUUAGGUCUUGAAAUACAAAUAACAGCAAAUCUGCUUACUCGUUUCAGUGAUGUGAUGAUAAAUGAUCAUGCAUCAAGAACGAGAUCACAUGUCGAAAAAUUAUCUCAACAUGAUCAAACAUUUGAACAUCAAUAUUCUUCAUCAUUGGAACUAAAUCCACGAAUUACCUCAGUUAUUCAUAUUUCUGUCAGACCAACUAGUAGUGCCUGUCUGCCUUUAGAUAAUAAAGACAAGAAGAGUAUCAAUCAUAAAUCAGCAACUCUCACAACUUAUCAAAACCGUAGUAGAUUUGAAAAAUCAGUUAAUAAAGAACAUUUAAACAAACGAUCAACAAGUACAACAUCUUUUGUCAGUGUGACUAAAAUUCACCGUCCAUUAUCACAGUUUCGUCAAAAGUCAUGGAAAUCUACUAAUGAUUUAAAUCAUAAAUUUGAUAAUGUGAAAAAUUACGAAACAAAUUCAACUAUCAAACAUCAUCAGUGUAGAACAGUCAAAGAUACUAUUACCAAAAAAACAAUCCCAACAAAAUGUAUUAAAAAUAAAAAUUUAUUGGGAACAGUAGAAGAUCUAGCAAAUCCCAUACAUCAAUAUCAUCAUUCAGCAAAGAAUAAAAAGAUAAAAAAUUGGUUUGCAUAUUUUUGUCAAUGUUCACGACGACGGGCAUGCGUAUCUUUAUUUUGUCUUAUUCUUUUUUGUAUAAUUAUCACUAUUAUUCUUCUUGUUAUUCUAUUAAACAAAUCGAAAGCAACAGCUGUUGAACCUUCUCUUAUAGCUAUUCUUCGUUGGAAUACUACUGGUAUAACAUUAUUUGGUACUACAGGCAUAAGAGGAAACACAUCUCAACAAUUUUCCAGUCCUUUUGGUUUAGCAUUGGAUUCAUUCAAUAAUCUCUAUAUUGGUGAUAGAUAUAAUAAUCGAAUUCAACAAUGUAAUAUCAGAGGAUUAACUUGUACAACAGUAGCUGGUCAAGCAAAUGCAGUACGAGGAACUAAUAUGAGUUAUUUGAAUGGACCUACUUAUAUUUAUCUUGAUUCAAAUGACAAUUUAUAUAUAGCAGAUUCUGAUAAUUAUCGAGUUCAAUUUUGGAGUUAUGGUGCAUCUUAUGGUAAGACAAUAGCUGGAAUUACAGGUUCUUCGGGUUCUGCAUUAAAUCAAUUCAAUAUUCCAUAUGGCAUUGCACUAGAUUCUAAUUUAAAUACAGUAUAUAUUGCAGACUAUAAUAAUCAUCGUGUUAUGAAGUACGUAUCAAAUAGUGUAUCUGGUACUAUUGCUGCUGGUGGAAAUGGCUUCGGAACAACUAAUACAAAAUUAUAUCGUCCUGCUGGUCUUUAUUUCGAAUCAUCAACAAAUAGUCUUAUAAUUGCUAAUUUUGGUGCAAGUAAUAUUGUUCGUUGGAUCUUAGGUGAUAAUAAAUGGACAAUUGUUGAAGGUGAUACUAAUGGAUUAAAUGGUAAUACAUCAACACUACUUGAUCAUCCUACAAGUAUAACAUAUGAUCCAAUGGGUAAUAUGUAUGUAGCAGAUAUGUUUAAUCAUCGUAUACAAAUGUAUCCAGUUGGUCAAUCAAAUGGUACUACAAUUGCGGGUAUAUCAGGAGUAUUUGGCAAUGAUUCAACUAUGCUUAACUAUCCUGUUUCGAUAAUUCUUGAUAAUCAACUUAAUUUAUAUGUUAGUGAUUCAUUUAAUCAUCGAAUACAAAAAUUUAUCCGCUAUUAA